AUGAAGCUUGCAGGUUUUCUCCUUCUGUUCCUCCUCACAGAUAGAAGUACCUACAGUCACUCAGAGAAACCAGAGCUCCUUGAUGAUCAACAGAGGUCAAAUCACAGCUUUGGGGGAGAUGGAAGUACCUCCAAUAGCUCAGAGAAACUAGAGCUUGAUGAUCAACAGAAGUCAGAUCAGAGCGUUGAGGGAGGUGGAAAUACCUCAGAUUACUCAAAUGUUUAUGAUGAGGAUACGGACCACAACAAAGAUGCUGUAGAUAAGGUGAACUGCAGUUAUCAGAUUUUGUUUAACCACCUGAACCUGACCAAAAACAUGGAGCUGUACACCAUGGUCCGACCUGACUUCAAUGAGAUUACACACAUACACCUUCAAAUGUCACUCUAUUGUAUCUUUGAUGUGAGAGAGACCGACCAGACUUUCAUUUCUUUCGUGUGGAUUUAUAUGGCCUGGAGCAAUAAAUACAUUCAGUGGCAUCCAUCUAACUUUUGUGGACUUGAAAAAGUAGUAGUUCCUAAAGAAUUAUUGUGGAGGCCAGAUAUAACUAUUGAAGAGAUGACAGAGGAAGACAAGUCCCCCCCGACUCCUUUUCUCACCUUACAAUGGGAUGGUAAGGUUGAAUUUAGGAAUGAUCUGGUGCUGGUCAGCUCGUGCUGGAUGCAAAUUUUCAAAUUCCCUUUCGACAUUCAGAGCUGCAACCUGUCUUUCAAGUCUGGUGUAUACUCUGAUAAAGAACUAAAGUUUGAUGUAGACCUCAAUGUUACAAAGCUCACACGAUGGUCUCAUGAAUUGAUGCGGACCGAGUAUGAGUGGCUCUUCAUCAACAUAAGUGCCGAAGAGAAAACUGUCAACAAUUUUAGCUACAACCAAAGCAUGGUCGUUUACACUAUCAAGAUGAGGAGGCGGUCUGUCCUCUACAUCAUCAAUUUCAUACUACCCGUCCUGUUCUUCUUCUGUCUGGACUUUGCCUCCUUCCUGAUGUCGGACACCGGAGGCGAGAAGGUUGGCUUCAAGGUCACUGUGCUGCUUGCUGUUACUGUGAUGCAGCUUAUUCUCAAUGACAUUCUGCCAUCCUCUUCAGACAGGAUUCCACUUAUAGCGGUCUACUGCAUUGGGAUAUUUGGUUUGAUGCUUCUGAGCCUCUUGGAGACGAUUUUGAUCAAGUAUCUGGUGGAGAAGGACUCUGCAUCCCAAGACAAUGAUGCCGAUGAAGACCAAAGCCUGAGUGAGGACUGUGGAGACAAACAGGGCAAAGACAAUUGUGAUGGAGAGGUGAAGAAAUGGAAUCACUGUGCCUGUGUCUGUGAUGUGUCUGCUGACGAACCUCCAUCUGAACUGCUGUCAGUGGCCAAAGAGGGUAGUAGCAGCCAACUGAUGGAGUGCAGUGUCUUGGAGAAGGUCUCGGAUGAGCUGACAGCAGUGCAGAAAACAUUGACUCUGCUCCUCAACAGCAGGAAGGAAGAAGGGAAGCCUGGCUACUGGACCAGAGUGACUAAAACCAUCAACAAAGUUUUCUUCAUUUUCUACAUCACAUCAGCAAGUGUGUUUUUAAUUAUUAUCUUUUCAAUAUGGGCGAAUGGAGAUUACAAGUAGUGCUCAAGUUUAAAAAUACAAUUUGGUCAUUUUUCAUGGAUGCUAACACAACUGUACUCUGUGUUCACACCUGUAGUUCACUUUCACUGGUCUGGGCCAAAGAAAACAAUGACCUAUUGUUGCUCAAACAAACCGUUAUGACUAGUCUUCAUCACAAAGUCUCUGCAAUGAAAUGAUUCACAUUACUAUUAAUAAUCAAUGUUGGCUUACACUACGCAGACACUGUGCUUUGUUAUUUAUCUUUGACACAGAGAGCAGUCCCACUGAACAUAUUAAGGCUCAUUUAUGGUCCCUUUACGUACAAAAAUGUAUACGUCCGUUUCAAACGAUGUUACCGUCACUGCCCACAUACUUCCAUGCGUCCUUUACGUUGGCAUGGAUGUUAACCAAUACAUCCACCAGGAGGCAGCCCAGCGUCAAAAGUUUAUGACAACAACAAACUCAAAAACAAACAUGGCGACUGUGGAGGAGAUAUUGAUAAUGUACCUCUUGCAUAAAAGACAAAAACAGAGGCAGCGUUGUAGGAGGCGGUGGUCGGUGAGGCCGUUAAAUACAUCGCGACUGGAGGACGGAGAAUUCUUUUCUCUAGUACUGCCGAUGAGAGAAAUUGAAUUGUUAUUUCUUCUUCGUGUCUCACUAGAGCUACGUAUCGGGUAGUGACAGCAACACUGCCCCCACGGUUCCCGGUGGUACUGCUCCGUUUGGCCCGUAUCCGUAAGCUUUAUGGAAACGUGCAGAAAUACGGACGAAAUGAACGCAGAGCACGGACAGAAGGCUCCGUCCGUAUCCGGAUCCGUAUUUAACGUUGAGCAUAAA